AUGCAGAGCAAUUUUGUUGCUAGUUUUAAUAUUUACUUUCUAAUAGUAUUAUUGUGCGUGACAGCAGUCACAGCAAAUUUAGUCAAACCGUUUACAUCAUCGGCCCGACCAGCAACGAUUGAAAAAAGAUAUCGUCCAUUUCUACCUGUCGACAGUCCGACUGAGCAACUUACACAUAGCCUCAGGAAUUGCGGAGGAUCGAUACAAUUUACAGAGUUCUACCUCAUUAGUAGCCCGGAUACAUUAUCUGCAUAUCUCUUUACAGAAAAUGCAGUAACGUUGGGUAAUGCUACAGUGACGUUAAGUUAUCAACAAGAUCCAAAAAUUUUAUUGUUGCCUAUGGACGACAAUACACUUCACAUUGUUGAUAUACCAUGCGGUAAAGGCAACAGUGGGAAUGAAAAAUGGAAAUGUGAAGUUGCAAUUGGAUCACCCACUACAUUUCUCUUUUCUUAUAACAAAAAUGCCGACACAGACGACUCGCUUGGCAAACUUUAUCAAGCUACCCACAACGACAUCUUUGCGAAGUUUUACCUACACGAUAACUUUAAUACCGAUCUUACGGGUUGCGCCGUAAUUCCCAUUGGCAAUGCCGAUUGGCCCUCCUCGGUGUCAGGCAACGUCACAAAUGUGAUUAACAUUCCCUUCAUAGUCGGUGCAAUUAUCGUUUUGGCCGUUGGUGUGGUACAACAGAUCACCGCAAUGCAGGCACAGUUAACCAAAGCGCUUGCCAAAAAGAAAGUGACUAAAAGACAGAAAAAGGAGGAAUCCGCAGAGGACGAAACCGCAAAGGAUGGGGCCGAACUAGGUAGAGAACCGGCCAAACAAGUCCCAUUAUCAGCACAAAUUCCUUCCGUAUAUGAUAUUUUUCGUGCUGCUCAGUUUGUCGUAAGCAAUGCUCUGCUCUCAUUGUUUUGUCUCCCACCCUUGUUCCGGGACAUAUCGGUCAAACUUGCAUGGUUUAGCGGUGUACCUUCAAGCGGCUUUAAUGGUACCUUGUCAAAAAUCGCGGACGACAAAAUUCGGGGAGGAAUAUGCAACACGCUCGUCAAUGGCUGUUCGGUUAACGUGGAGAACUUAACUAUGUCAACAUUUUGCAGACCACAGUUGAAACCGCUCUCUUCUGGGUUCACGUCUUUCGGAGAAAUGCUAAACAUUCCCAGCUAUAAUAUGUUCUUCAUGGUGUUCAUCAUAUUCUGUAUAGCGUUGGCGUGUGCAGUAGGUGCUGUCCUCAUCCUUGUGUUAGUAUCACGUUUGCUCAAACAUUGGUGGGGAAAAUGGCCCAUUUUGGAAAAAUGUUGGAAUAACAUUCCUCUUUUGUUCAUUGGUGGAGCGUUGCGAGUGGUGCUCCUGUUUAACAGCCCGCUCACACUUUUUGCCGUCUAUCAACUAACACUUCAUUUCGACUGCUGGUUCUUGCGUUUUCUUGCUGCACUUUGUAUUGCGUUUUUCACUUUUGGCAUCACCGGCUUUUGUACGUUCAGAAUUAUGCGGGACAUGUACUUUAAUCCAGACGCGUUCAAGACACCAGUUCACGAAUUCGUUUACGGUGCCUUUUACACGCAGUAUACGGAUGAUGAAGGGAAAGACCCAAAAAAGACACGCAUAUGGUUUUUCAUUUUCACGACCGCUUAUGACAUGGUUCGAGCUAUCGGUAUCGGAGCUGCUCGCGUAAGCGGUACCGCACAAACAAUCUAUUUGAUUGUUAUCGAAACACUAUUCUUCCUGUCACUUCUACUUUUUAAGCCUUAUAUGACAUGGUUGAUGAACGCAUUGAAUAUAUUCAUAUCUUUUUUGAGAAUUGCGGUUAUGGUCCUGUUGUUCCCAGGAUUGAGCAAAUGCACAACUAGUGUGUUUAAAUAUGUUGCGCUCGGAUUCGAAGGCAUUAUUUCUUUAUUGUUAUUUGUCGUGAUCGUCAUAAAAGUGGCUAAGGCUCUUGGAAAAUAUUGUUGCUCAUCUAAAAAAGAUACUGAUGCAACCGAGGAUGAUGAUACGGCGGAAAUCGAGAGCGACUCAAUUUAG